UAACACCCUAAAGCUAAAAUAAAGGCGGCGGGAGAAGAGAUGCGCUUAUGCUAGACAUGGUGCGAACCAAAUGCUAAAGAAUCAUCAGUAAUCAGAGUAUCCAUACCAAAGUGCUGCUUAGUGUUCCUUAUUGGUGCACAAAAGCAGUAAAGACUUCCUCUUUAGGAAAGACAAUAUCAAUGUUUCUACUUUCAAGUUUCAACUCUCUUAAAAUAUACCCAAUAUUAUCUUUUGCUCUAUUCUAGGACUAUUCCUUUUUUUGUGUGGUUCCUUGUCUCCUUCAUUACUAUCAUCACAUUCCCAUCAAUUCCUUCCCUUCCUUUUGCCGCCUCUUUUUUACUCUAAUGAUCUUUAAAAACCCAUCAAUAUUCACCAUUUUUUCUAGCAUUUCUUCCAAAUCUAAUGGUUAGAUUAUGUUUUUAGCAAUUUUUUCAUUGACCCAAAUCAACUUUUUGGUCUUAAUCCAUAGAUCCAUAAUUGUUUUUUUCUGGGUAGGUAGAGAAAAAGAAAGGGCAGUAAUCAAACUCGAGACAAAACCCGAUUCUCAGAUCCAUCACUAUUUCUUUUGGCCAAAAACGGAAACAAAAGUUGGGUACUUUAUUUUCCCCUUUUAGCUUAUCUUACUAAAAAUCUUCCCUUUUAUCCUUCAAUGGAUUCAUAUAUUGAAACCCAGUUUCUUAAUCAUAAUCAUGAUCAAAAUCAACAGCAAAAUUCUGGGUUAUUACGAUUUCGUUCUGCACCAAGUUCUGUAUUAAAUGAAUUUAUUCCAAAUUCCAAUGAUUCUGGGAAUUUUAAUGGGAGAACUAGGGAUGAAUUUGUUGAAUCUUAUGAAAGGAAGCCUGAAAGAUUGAACUCUCAAAGUGGGUUUUUGAGUUCAAUUCAAAUUGUGGGUGAUGAACAGAGGAAUGAUAGCAGUCAAUUACCUCCUCAAUAUCCAAAACAAAUUCAUGUGAAUACUUCUUCUUCAAUGGAAAGAUCAAAUUCCAUGGAGAUUAAUCUGUCAAUGAGACAAGGAAGUUGUGGUUUGAAUCUUAAUCGACAGAAUAGUUCCCCUGCUGGAUUUUUCAAUCAACUUAAUACCCAAAAUGGAUACACCAUCACGAGGGGUCUUGGGAGCUUCAGAGUAGGGAACGGUGCUAAUGGUGAGUCUAGUCCUCGUACUAGUCGGUUAAGAAUGACCCAUUUGCCACGGAUUUCAGAACUAGGAACUGAAAACGUCAAAAAUUCUAGUCUAGACGGAGUGAAAUUCAGAAGUCAUGAGAAUGAGGCCGGGUUUGACAGUAGUCGUCUAAAUGGAUAUUCUUUCAUUUCUUGGAACGAUUCUGCUUCUGAUGCAUCUCAUCCUUCCGAGAACGGUGGGCUUCCAAGCCGCCCUGCUGGAUUAUCGCAUCAUUUGAGCUUGCCUAAGACUUCAUCCGAGAUGGCUGCUGUCGAGAACUUGCUGCAUUUUCAAGAUGUGGUUCCUUGUAGGGUCAGAGCGAAAAGGGGUUUCGCAACACACCCUAGAAGUAUUGCUGAGAGGAUGAGAAGAAACAAGAUUAGUGAACGAAUGAGGAAAUUGCAAGAACUCGUUCCAAAUAUGGACAAGCAAACCAACACAGCUGAUAUGCUGGAUUUAGCUGUUGAUUAUAUCAAAAACCUUCAAAACCAGUACAAGGUUUUGAGCGAUGAUCGAGCAAAAUGCAAGUGUUUAAGUUAAAUCAACAAAUUUCAACGGUGUAUUGUAGCGGUCUGCACUAAGUUAUGCAAUUCGAAUGAAGAUGAAGGUUGAAGAUGAAGACGUUGCAAACGCGUUAUGUUAGCUUAUACACAUAAUAUGUAGGGAAUGUUGAUUGUACUUCAAGUUCUUUCUGCUCUCAUCCAAAGGAUGUAGAGGAACUUUUGAUUAUCUUGUUAGUACUUGUAGUAGUGUAGUUUUUUGUUGAAUAAUUGUUGGGGUUGCCCAUGAAGAAGAAACAGAGGAAUCUUAAAAACUUUGCCACCCAAUUUGUAUAGAAACUAGCAUUUUUCCCUUUUUGGGAUUCAUGCAUAUCAAUAAAAGCACUUCUUUUGUAAUA